AGGAAGCGAAUACGAAUGGACAUCUUUUAAAGAACCCUUACCAAAAACUCUCAUAUACAUAAAGAACCCUCUCAUACACAGACAAACAAAGACAAAAAAAUAAGGAAGUGAAUACGAAUGGACAUAUCUUAUUCAUCCAUUGAUAGUGAAGAUAUGCCUGACAUCGAUUUUGAAAACGAAGGUCAAAUACUUGCAUCGUUUGAAGUGUUCAUGGCCGACUCAUACAUCAAACAUGAUGAUCUGUAUAUUCCCAAAAAAAAUUAUGAACAUCUUCCACCAAAUGCGCAUACUGCACUUCUCGACUUCCGUGGCGAACCUUGGGUUGCAACUUUGACUGUUGGUGCUCGAAGACAACUUAGGGAAGGAUGGAGUUCUUUUGUUCAAAGUAAUAAUAUCAGGGCAGGAUGUAUCCUCAAGAUUUCCUUGGUGGGUACUAACGUAACAGUUGUUGCCUUCGAAAUUUAAGUGAAAGGAGAAGGAACAGUUGAUAAUCCUUUUUUGAUAGACUAGGGCUUGUCUUGAUAUUGAUGUUUUUAAUGUAAUUUGGUGAAAUUUUUAUCGUAAUCAGAUGUUGAUCUUCAGAAUUUACAUCAUGCUAUUUGUUCACAAUAUUUUAUUAUUUUUAUUUUUUAUUUUUGUCAAUGUGUUGAGUUCUCAUUACCUUCUACAUGUGGUGCUAGUGGGGUGAUUAUUUUUUCUUGAAGUUAAACCUAACUCUUCAUCUUUGCAGCAAACUCUAUUUCCUUCCUUUUCUUAUGUUUCACUUAGUUGA